CCUGAUCUGAUCGGGGCGGCGGCGUCUCUCUGGCCAUGGGAGCCUUUGGGCGCCCGCUCCGCUCCAGCAGCGGCACCAGGAGCGCACAAGGGCGCACUAGCUUGGCGAGAGGGCUGGAGAGCGAGGCGGGGGCCCUCCCCACGCAUCGGUCGGCCGGGCUGGGACGAGCCGCGACGCCCGGUAGUAGCCUGCAGUGUUGGCCAGCGCGGAACGCAUGGAGCAACUGGCCAGCCAACCCAGCGUCGGAGCCGGGAGCGGAAUCCGGCGGUCUAGCUCCGCCGAGCCCGUCGCCUAGCCCAGAGGAGGAGGAGGAAGAGGAAGAGGAAGAGGAGUAGGAGGAAGAAGAAGAGAAAGAAGAAGAGGAGGAGGAAGAGGAAGAAGAGGAGAAGGAGGAGGAAGAAGAAGAAGAAACGGGCCAACCGCUGGGAUGAGCGCCUCGGCCGCCACCGGGGUCUUCGUGUUAUCCCUCUGCGCCAUCCCCGUCACCUACCUCUUCAAUGCUUCGGCUGCCACCGGCAGCGCUUGGGUCAUUGUAGUAGCUGGGUUGUUGAUUCUGGUCUUGGUGGGCUUGGCAGCUCGAUGUCUGGUGAAAAGGAGACCACCAAGCGACCCACUUUUCUAUGUUUACGCUGUGUUCGCUUUCACCAGCAUCGUGAAUCUAAUCAUUGGGCUGGAACAUGAUGGGAUAAUUGAUGGAUUCAUGACUUAUUACUUGAAAGAGGGCGAGCCUUAUCUGAACACGGCUUACGGGCACAUGAUUUGCUACUGGGAUGGUUCCAUUCAUUAUCUGAUGUAUCUUUUGAUGGUGGCAGCCAUUGCCUGGGAGGAAAAUUAUCGGAUGAUUGGCUUGUACUGGCUGGGAUCCAUUACAAUGAGCAUAAUUGUCUUUAUCCCUGGAAAUAUUGUAGGAAAAUACGGAACAAGAGUGUGUCCUGUAUCUUUGUUAAGUGUGCCGUAUAUUUGUCUCCCAAUAUGGGCUGGUUUCAAAAUCUAUAAUCAACCUCCAGCAGCUGCCAAUUUUCCAACAAAGGUCAUUAAAGAAGUUCAGAAGCAGAAUCUUCUGAGAAGACCAACUGACUUUCUCUUGGCUUCAUAUUUCAUUUUUGCCACAGGAUUUUGUCUCUUCAGGGGCCUGAUUGUUUUGGACUGUCCAGGUGAACUAUGUCGACUUUACAGCCAACUUCAUGAGCCAUACCUCAAGGAUCCUGCUGCCUAUUCAAAGCUUCAGAUGUUGGUCUACAUGUUCUACUCAGUGCCAUACUACAUAAUUUCACUCUAUGGUCUGCUUGUACCUGGGUGCACCUGGAUGCCCGAUUUAACUCUUAUUCAUGCUGGAGGACUAGCUCAGGCUCAGUUCUCACACAUUGGUGCUUCCAUACACGCCAGAACUCCCUACAUCUACAGAGUCCCCGAUGAAGGGAAGGUCUGGUUUCUUGUUCUCAACGUGAUCCAUGGAGUCCUCCCACAGUUGUUCAUGUUUCGCUGUGUCCGUAACCCUGAGUUUUUCAUGAAAGCCCAGCUGGAAGAGAAGGUGGACUAGAGAAGACGGCUUCAAAACUGUGGGGUGUUGCAAAGAAGGGGUUCCGCCAGUUGGAACAAAAUUACUGAAAAUAAAAGACUUCUGUCUUUCA